ACUGUGAAUCGGAGGGGGUUCAUGUCCCCGCGUCCCUAGUGCCAUCUGCGCCUAUGGUAAAUCUUCUUUCACAGUUAUGAAAGAAGUUAUAUUUUGUUUCAGACAAAGGCAACACAACACAAGUCUCUGGCUUUUAAUUCUAAUGACUGGUGCCUUGCAGACCACAAGAGGAUGCAGCGCUUGUCUCUUACAUGUUUAACAUUGAUACUUAACUCUGCUCUUACCAUCAUUCCGGCACCACGCAACCUGUCGGUUUUCUCUGUCAACUUUCACCAUGUUUUGAGAUGGGAACCUGGACCUGGAACAGCACUGGGCACACAGUACCACAUUUUCACAAGGGUACCUGGACACAAACGACAGCUGAGCUUGACAACAAACACAUCCAUAGUGUUGAAGCUAGAAAACGAACGAAGAUAUAAUCUGUCUGUCCUGGCAUCAUCCAACCAAGACCGCUCCCCAGAAACCAGCUGCACUUUCACACCCUACCAAAACACAAGAUUAGGUCCUCCUAUCCUGUCACUUACCGGAUGUGGUGACUGCCUCCAACUUGCCAUUUCCUUGCCAGAGGCCGAUAACAACUCAGGAAUUGUUGAUAUCCAGAAAUUCUACAGUGCUCGAUUCCGAAUUUUGUGCAAACGCGGCAAAGAUAUGGUGAUUGACUAUGUAACAAAGAAAAGGAAUAACACACUUCGUAACUUGAACCAAGGUGUGGAAUACUGUGUGCAAGUGCAUAUAGAGACGACUCUUAACAAAAACACAGAGCCGUCUGCAUGGACCUGCGUCUUCACCAGCUUUGUGAAGUCACGGAAAGAUUCUGUUGUUAUAGGUACAACUGCUGGCGUUCUGAUUUCAGUGCUGGGUUUCCUGACAGCCUGUGUUCUCUGUCUCCACUACUUGGGAUUCCUUUGCAAACUGAGGUCUCUGCCCACAUCACUUACAAUUCUGAGCAAUGGCUACACCCUUACACCAGAGGGCACCACAGGAGGCAUAGUCUUUAUAGCUUCAGAGGGGAAGAAACUGAUAAUUGACAACAAGCAAACACCAGUGCAUCCUGUUGCUGCCAAUAACUGUGAAGAAGAUGAGGACCAAGAUGAAGAAGAGGCAUUUGGAAACUACGUGGACAGAGACGCACAGCUUUCUUUAAAACAGACUUUGUGGGUGAGCUCAACGGAACUGACGGACACUGUUGAUCCUUCUGUGUUAGAGAAUUCUCCGAGCUUGAGAGGGAGGCUUGACGCCCAGCAUGAGGUGAAGUUUAGAUAUGAACAAAAGUGUCAUGAUGAGGCCACCGAAGUGAUCCCUGAGAAAGUUACGGGUGAAGUCCUGCAUGAAGAGAUUCAAGAGGAAGAGACGAUGAUGAAACAGUCAUUUGACAUGUUUGACAACACCGAUAAUGUCGAUCUGUUCUCUGUAACCCUGGCUGCACUUAGUGCAGCUGAAGAAGAAAGAAAAGAGGAAGAGAAUACACCUGAACCUGUUACAACCGUUUUAGUGCAGUCAACCAUUUUAAGCACGACAGAUAAAACAGGUGACCGUCCAAGUGUGUCCAGCAAAAAUGAUGACUUUAGAAAGGACCAGAGGGAAGAAGAGCAGGACCAAACAGAAACCUCUGAGUAUAGGUUGCAUCGUGAACAGAUAGAGGAUGAUGAAGAAAAUGGUGAAGACAGCAACACUUUUUCUGAAUAUGUUGCACACAGAUGAUACAAUACAAGGUUUUAGUGACUUUUGUGAAUAUCCAACAAUGUAAUAUAAAUUCAUGGUUAUAUACACUUAUGUGUAUCGUAUCAAUAUGUACAUGACAUGCUAUAAAAUAUACUUUUUUAACAUAUAUAUAUAUAUAUUUUACAAUAAAAAAAAUCAAAACAACAGAAUCCUACAAAGUUAGUCGUCCCAAAUAAU